AAUUUUUUUAAGUACAGUACUGUACUGUAUUGUACAGUAUAUUCUAUGGUACAUAAAUUUUAAAUUUUUCUUGUAAUGGGAAUUUAAGGCUACUUUUCCUCACAGGUGGAGUCAAACAUGAAUCAUCAGAACUCAGAUGGAAGAGCAACUAGCUGCAAAACUCAUCAGUGUCCAUAUUGUACAUAUUCCACGAACCAAAAACUGAACCUACCAAAGCAUAUACGUAUUCACACAGGAGAAAAACCCUUUCAAUGCCCACACUGCCCUGCUGCCUUUGCCCGGAAAGGAAAUCUAAAGUCUCAUAUACGUACUCAUACUGGAGAGAAACCAUUUGCUUGUGACAAGUGUCCCUAUCGUGCUACUCAAAAAAGUGCACUUGCUAGCCAUGUCUUGAGCAUUCAUAAAAUAUUUGACUAUAUUCCGAGAUAUCAUGAGGCAAUGUCGGAAUGGCGUAAUACAUGUGACCCAUGUGGGAGGCUCUGCUCAUCCUUGGUGAAGUCAAAGAGGGUUCCUCAGAACACAGAUGGACAAGACACCACUAGCAAGACUCAUCAGUGUUCUUAUUGUGAAUACUCUACCUCCAAGAAAUUUCAUUUAACAAAGCACAUACGUAUUCAUACUGGAGAAAAACCAUAUGGUUGCCCUUACUGUAAUUUCCGAUUUUCUCAGAAAGAAAGUUUAAAACCACACAUUCGUACUCACACAGGGGAGAAACCUUAUGCCUGCACAGAAUGUCCUUAUCGUGCUACUCAAAAAAGAUGCUAUCCCUCACCACAGGUGGAGUCAAAGAUGGCUCAACAGAACCCGGUAGGAAGAGGAAGCGGCAUCAAGACACAUCAUUGUUCUUAUUGUCAAUACUCCACAUAUAAAAAAAUAAACCUAUUAAAUCAUACUCGAGUUCACACUGGAGAAAAGCCAUUUGCUUGCCCAUACUGUCCAGCUUUAUUUUCUCAAAAAGCACAUUUGAAACCUCAUAUACGUGUUCACACAGGAGAAAAACCAUAUUCGUGUACCGAGUGUCCCUACCGUGCUACAGAAAAGUGCUUUAGAAAGUCAUAUCUUAAGAAAUCAUCAAAAGGGUAGUUGCUAAUACUUGUUAUGAAAUAGUGAAACUAAUAGUUUCUAUUAGGCUGAAUUAAUAUAAAAAGCUUUCUCUUUCUUUGUGCACUGUGAAAAGUAAGAACACAAUAUACCGUAGAUACACAACACAAAGUGCAACAAUUGGUAGCUAAAUACUUUUAUUAACUGACAAGUCUCUGAAAUGAAAAAUAUUAUUAUAAGCAGUAACUACAGUAUACAUAGAGAAUAGUAACACCCGACAAGCUAAAAAAGAUUUAUGUGAGAGUUGUUUAAGCUGAGUUACGGUAAACAUCAUGAUCGUUUUCAUAACUGCAUGUAUGGUACAGUAUUACCCGACUACAGUCACUAGUUCCAGACAAUGACUUCUGUUCUUGGAAAACUGUGCUACUUCUUACAUAUUGACUACAAAACAUAACCAAAGGUCUUGUAACUGAGACAUAAAAAUAAAAUACUAUAGGUGUAGUCAUUUCUGAAGUGGAGUGGAAAUUGAAACUGAGGAGAAAUUUCUAACAUCAAAACUUUUAAACAAGUGAACCAGUAGUUGUGUUUUGUUGUUGAUUAAUAACAGUAAAGAAAUCAGUCACCAUGAUCAUUUUUUUUAUAGUUUAUAUAAACUCACGCCUACUAAUACUGUACACUCAUCGGGUAACUCAGAUUUUGUAAGAUGUGAUCAAUAAAGAACCAAGAAGAUGGGUAAAUUGCCUUUGUGGAAUAUGGAGGAGGAGAAGCAGAAGGUAGAUGAUAAAGGUGCACAUGAGGAAAAAGUGUGGGGCAAUUUUGAUGUAGUUAAUGAACUUAAUGCUAGUGUGGAUGAUGUAAAACUGGGAGUUAAUACUAGUUUAUUUUGAUGUCUGGAAUCUGCACUUGAUGUGGUUAGCAUUGAAAAGGUACAAGUUGUGGGUUGAAAAUUCAAGAAGAAAGAGUUUGAAGUGUCCUACAAGCCCUGAAGAGUGAGAAGUUAAGUAAGUACAGUAAUAUAUACAUGAAGUCUGCAUAGAGGUUGUUUACCUUUAUUUAGAUAUGAACUGAGAUCCCAAAUUAUUGAUGAAAUAUAUGUACAGUAGAAGCUACUAAAUUUAGCAUUAUUAUAGGAAGCUUAACAAUUGGUCAAGUAUAAAAUGAAAUGCAAAGUGAGGAAAUCUUCCAUGGAAAAUGCAUGAAUGAAAGAAUAUUGGACUCUUCUCUCUGACAGAGUGUUCACUGAUUCUGUACAGUAGUUCACUUUGGUGGAUAGAAAUAUCAAGUAUUUUAAAUCCUGUACAGUGUAUAAGUAUGUCAUGCUACAGUGCAAAAGUUAUCCAAUAUCAAAAGUAUAAUACAGUCAAAUUAAAAAUUACAAUGCUCUGUGCAGUUACAGUAUCAUAACCAAGUGAAAGAUUUAUUUUAGGGCACAGCCAUAACCAUGUAAGCUUUGAAGAUUGUUGGUAAAAGAAAUUACUGUACACCUGUAUUAAUAAUAUGGAACAAAUUUUACAGCACUUUUUUGGGUUAGUGUUGAAAGAGCAUUAACUAGGCCCCACCCUACCUUGUCUUUGUGGCCUCAUUAGUACUGUACAGUAUGUCCUUCUGCUGUAGGAGGAGGGAACUGUUAUAGUUAGCACUACGUACUGUACUCACAAAUAGAAAUCGAGCUCUUGUAGUUGUGUUUUAAAUUAGAUCUCACCAUUUUUUAUUGAACACUUUCUCUUUUAUUUAAUAAUUUAAAGGAGAAAAUAGAUUUUUGUAUUACUGAAUUAUAUGUGAAAUAUUUAAAUUAUAUCUUUGUUUUCAAAUACUUUACUAUUUAGAUUUAUUUUUAUGUGUGCAGUAGUUAAUUAUAAGUAUUUCAGGUAAAAUUUCUCUUGGCAUUAUAAGUUUAUGUAAGGCAGAGAGUAAGAUAAGCAUACUUUAUACAGUACAGUGGUCCCUCGGUUAACGAGAUUUUGGUUAAAGAGUUACCUUCCAUAAGAUUCUUAACUUCGGUUA